AAACACUCUCCACUCUCUCCAACACCCACCCUCACAAAAUUUAUUACAAAAUUUAAUUAAAUAAAUUUCACAUCAGAACAAAAAAAAGGAAAAAAAAAUCCACUGUCGUUCAAUUUCAUUUUUUUCGCUUUACGUAUACAGGAAGUUUCUUAUAAACGAUCCGAAGAGAAUUCAAACCAUUUUUCAACUCCUUCACUGAGUGGGUUUUUCUUUUUUUGCUUCAGCUACUGAGUGGAACCGUUCUCUACUCUAUGUUUGUGUGCAUGUGGUUGAUACUCCAUGGAAACUGUGGUGGGAAUUGAGGAUAAUGAUGAUGGGAAGUUUGAAGACAGUGGGGUGGAUAGAAGCAGUUCUGCUUUGUCUUCACCGAAGCAAAUUUCCAAUCCAAUUGUAUACAAGCUUGUUCGGGUUGAAGGUGAUGGGAGAUUAGUGCCAGCAACAGAUGAUGAAGUAAUGGAGGUGGGGGAUUUUCUUGAGUGUGAAAACAGUGAAAUGCAUGUUGUUGCAGACACUGGGCAAAGUUUGGAGUGCAUAUCAAUUGAAAGGUCAUCUUCUGGGAAUCUUAGAUUGGAGUGCUCAGAAGGCACUGCAGAGGCAGAUUUGGGGAAACUAAAUGCAAAACUACAGUACAUUGAGCAGAUUUUGGAAAAGGUCAAAGAAGAAGAGAAACAACGCGUAUCAUGUGGAUCACCUGUUCAUUCUCAUGUAAAUAUAGACAGUCAGUGUUCAGCUGAUAAAUUUCCUGUCGUGGAUGGGAAGGUUCAAUCCGAAAACCAGGAAACUCCUUCUAUAGCAUCAAGUUUAAAUUAUACUCAUAGUAAUCAAUCUGGGAGUACUGAUCAGUGUUCCAGACCUUCGGAAGGAGUAAUAGAAAGUGGAUCAUCUGCUUCUGCUGUCUAUUCCAAUUUGAAGCCUGAUCUUUCAAUGUCAGAUGGAGAAAUAUGCUUGGACAAGCUAUCAAUCAGAGAACUUCAUGAACUGUUCAAGGUAACUUUUGGUCGGGAAACUACUGUGAAAGACAAACAGUGGCUGAAAAGAAGGAUUGCCAUGAGUUUAACCAACUCUUGUGAUGUUUCAGCAACAACUUUCAUUGUUAAAGAUAACAAAAUAGUUAGAAAAUUUGAAGACAAUUCUGGAAAUAUGAAUGCCGCAUCUUUAAUCACUUCGGAAACUAUGACUGAAGAAGAGGAUGUCAACUUUAAGGAUUCAUCUGCUGUGAAGGCCCGGGAAAUUGACGAUAACCAAGUUGUUUCUGAAACAAAACUGAGAAAUCACAGUAUGGGAUAUGGACUGGAAGAUGAGAAUCACCAGACAGAUCAAAGAGCUGCAAAAAGAAUUCGGAAACCUACUAAGAGAUAUAUUGAAGAGCUCUCUGAAAAUGAAUCUAGAGAACACAGUCCUAGGUUGUUGAUUUCUAAUAGAACUGCAGGACAUGGACAUGUUUCUCCAACUUCAUAUGUCAGGCCUGCUGCUAGAAAUGCUUUUUCAGAGUUGAGAACAUAUGUCACCAGAUCAGACUCUCUUGGAGGUUCUGAUGUCCAAAUUCCUUGUGUGUCUCGGGUUCGGAGAAGUCGUCCAAGAAAAGAUAUCACUUCUCUAAUGAAAUUCCAUCCGAUUGGCAUGGGUGAGGCUGCAAAAUUGAGUAAUAAGCUCCUUGAGCAUAGUUCUGAUGCUGAUAGUGAGAUCCCAGACAAUGUUUUGAAGUCAAGAAUGCCUGCAAAGUUUCAUCAACCAUCUUCAGAACCUGUGAAAGAGAAGCAAUGUCCGGAAACAGGCACAGUUGAGCUCCGGCCGGAAUUGAGGCCAAAAAGGGCAGAUCCUUUCAGCCAUACAUCUGAUGAUGAUAUAGUUACUGUUCCCACUGCUAAAGGAGGGAUGAGGAGGAAGCAUCAUCGUGCCUGGACUCUUGUCGAGGUUAUAAAGUUGGUGGAAGGUGUGUCACGAUGUGGAGCAGGGAGAUGGUCUGAAAUCAAACGGCUCUCCUUUUCAUCGUACUCAUAUCGUACAUCUGUGGAUCUUAAGGACAAGUGGAGGAAUUUGCUCAAAGCUAGCUCUGCACUGACACCUUCACCUGCUGAUGAUGGGAUAAAUUCGCGGAAGCAUGGUACGGCUCCCAUUCCUGAGAAAAUUUUACUGCGUGUAAGAGAGCUUGCUGAGAUGAAUUCUCAGGUGCCUCCAAGUUAUAGCUCAAACAAGUUUGCAGCUGGUGCAGGGAGUUUGCAUGGAGGAGAUAGAUCAGGGUACUUGUAAAUAAAUACCAAAUUCCUUAUCAAGCUACAAAAAAAAAAAAAAAAAGUAGAGAAAAAAAAAAAAACUACUUUCUGCACUUUGUUAGACCAAUCCUUUGUUGGAUGCAUAGAGUAGAUGCAGUAUUGUAGACAGUUGAGGGAUUGUUUUAUGCACUGAAGCGUUCAAUAGAAUCGUGUCACUUUUUGGUUA